ACUACGACAUCACGAUCGUCUCAUUUCCUUCUUCGCCCUAACUCCGCCUGUGCGGGCGCCCGACGCCAUCUGCUGUCUCCCCCUUGGACGAGAUUGCGGCAUUUUAAGGCGGCGCUUCUCGACUUCAUCGGGCAACAAACAGGCGGUUGAAAUUGGUCUUGGGGAUUCAGACUGUUGAUUAGGGUUUAGAUCAAGAGUAAAGAUUUCUUCUCGGGCGUGGGAUGAUUGGAUCAAGAGGGGUGGUAGGGGAGAAAUGGUCGCAGAGGAUCCUGUGGUUCUGCGCCAUCGGCAGCGCCAUCAGCUUGUACAUGGUGGCCGUCGAGAGGCAGGCGCAGAACCGGCAGCGGAUGAUUUCCGAGGGCUUGAGAGAUUUGGACGGUGCUUCUGACAAAUCUGGAGUCGAGGAUGUGUGAAUCGGUUAGAUAAAUGCCAGAAACUUUGGCCAAGCUUUGAAUCUUGCAUACUGAAACUAUGGUUAUGGCCCAAAGAAAACAAGUGUGAGAACAAACAAGAAUAAGUAGCAUGAGUUAAUUUUUCCUUGGUUUUGCCACAAUGGUUUCUUCUUCAA